UUCUACGCUCCCCCUCACUGUCCCUCACCUCAAUUCGACACCCACAGCUCAUUGUGCCUCCACUUGUGCAACGACCUCUACUUCGACUGGAUCAUGUCGCAGCGAGACUAUCCGCAGCCGUGAUUGGGACGCAGUUGGGCCCAGAACCAGCCAGCCUGAUAGCGGCCGUUCACCGACGACGGCGCGAUCGCCAGCGGGGGGAGGGGCAGACACAUCAUCCCACCGUCCGCCUUAGUUCCCCUCAGUCUCGUGCUGGUAUUUUAUUCCUUUGACCUUUUUUUAAUUUCGUCCGAAACCCUUCCUCUCCCCCUUUUCUGGACAUCCUCCUCUCUGCAGGUCGGUCGUGUUCACAGGCUCUUGCGAUGCGCCAUCACAUGUGCCAUCUGCCCAACGGGCAGACCUUCACUGUGUCACCCGUCUUCGGUGGGGUCAGCUUCAAGUCGAACGACCUCCAUGGGAGUCAACAUGUGGUACUUCCCGGCUGGAGCGUCGUGCUGAACACCAGCAAACCCGUCGAACAGGCCGAUACCCCCGUGGCCGAUGAGGAGGAAAACCGCGGCCGGGGUCGGGAAUCGACAAGCCAUCCGGCCCGGAUGGUCAACGCCCGCUUCACGACGCCCACUCUGCGCAGUGACUCGCUCUAUAUUUCGUACAUCGUCGACAGCAGUGACUACAAGCCCGUCAACUCGCCGACGCGCCAGAUCGCGAUGAUGCUGUGGGUGACCCUCUGGUGGUACUUCCACGAAGCCGAGCCCGAGCGGUACCUGACCACCGAUGCCUGCGCCAACACUCCGCGCACGGGCCGGCCCCAGGGGGACUGGCGGAUCUCCAUCCGGCGCGAAGGGUUCUUCCAGGGUCGCAUACUGCUGCAGAAGCUCGAGCGCAUGGGGCUGAUCGCCUCGGAGGACUCGUCGGUCGGCACGGAGCCCUACGACCCCGAGGCGUGGGCGCACAUGUUUGUGAGCCGUCGCAGUUUCUGGCAAAUCGAUCCCCGGCUUUUUGUCUUCUCGUUGACGCCCCAGAUGAAUAUCCCGCCGGCGAUUUCGGGGUCGCCCUUCGUCCAGCGGGUCGCGUCGCCGUCGCGUGCAAGCAUGUACCUCAGUAACCCGGCCGGCCAGGAGACCGCCCACUAUAUCCCGAACGAGGGCCCGUUUGCUUCGACCAGCCAUCUCCCCACCUACUUCCCGCCGCCCCCGACGCAGUACACCUUCACCAAUGGCAUCCGCCAUCCGAUCCGGCCGAAGCCCCCGCACCAGGGCGGGGUGUUCUACAUCCGCUACAUUCCGAGUCUCCAGCAGUACCUGUCCUUCCGCGUCGCAUACUUGGGGCGCUCGGCGCCCGACGCGCUGGGCGCGAAGCAUGCGCAUAGCUCGUCGAAUAGUGGUAUGGACCAGUCGAUGACCCCGGUACCCGGGCCGUCGGAUGUGGAGCUGCUGCACAAAUGGAUGAACGAACCGCGGGUCAAUGCUGCGUGGGGCGAGGCCGGUCCAGUCAGCCAUCAGGAGGAGUUCCUCCGGAACAAUCUCCGCAGUCGACACAGUUUCCCGGUUAUUGGCUGCUGGGAUGGCAAGCCGUUCGGCUACUUCGAGAUCUACUGGGUCAAGGAGGAUCGACUGGGCCCGUUGAUCCCGGGGGGCGCGGACAACUACGACCGGGGGCUGCAUGUGUUGGUGGGCGAGCAGGAGUUCCGCGGGCCGCACCGCGUGGCAAUUUGGCUAAGUGCCUUGGUGCAUUACUGUUGGUUGGCAGAUUCCCGGACGCAGACGGUGAUGCUGGAGCCACGAGUGGACAAUGAGAAGCUUAUUGAAUAUUUGCAGCGCGCGGGAUUUUACAAGGAAGGCGAGGUGACGUUCCCGCACAAGCAGUCGGCUUUGAUGAAGAUCAGGCGGGAUUCGUGGGAGAGUCCUGCUACUUAGGUGAAUACAUAGAGAGUUUAUUUUUUACGAUACCUGAUGCAUGGCAAGAAUACU